GCACUUCUUAUCACCAUUCGGGAAUAGAACGCCUUCAAUACUUGGUAUGCAUCUAUUCUAAUGUCUGAUAUUGAACUAUCUAUAAUUCCGAGGCUGAAUUCAUCUAGUGAUAUCUAUAUAUCUAGAUCUAAACCACUGUAUUCUCUGCUCUCAAUAGCACCAUGCGUGCACACUUCGCCUGCAUGUCAGAUCGGGCGGGUCGUUCCGCCUGCAUCCACUCGGGCCAUUACCGUUGCCUGUGAAUAACUCCGCUCCCCGUGGCUCUGCAUUUCGCUUAGAUACACGUCCGAUCUGGCUUGGUUCAACAGUCAAACGUCUUUGGUUGUCAUUGGUUGCCGAUCAGAGAAAAAGAAAGUGGACAUAUCCAAUGUCGCUCACGUGUAAGUGGCCCCCUUGCGGCCACAUUCCGACCUCAUCAUACCGGUUUUCGUACUUCAGCGACACCAUCCCGCCUUUCGCUGGUGACCGGUGGGUCAGGGACUGUUUCAUUCCUCACGUUUACUGGCAUCCGUCCGGUAACACAAUCGGGAAGCCGAUGAGCUGCCGUAAUGUCUUUAUCCACAGUUUUGACUAGACGGGUCGUCCUUGGCUUUGCACCUAGCCUAAUAGAGAGCAUGAUAUCGAUGCAGAAAUGUUCCUUAAGAGCAGCUGUGGGAACGCUGCGGCUCAGCUGUCCUCCCAGGACAGGCCUGCUUGAAUCUCCUCGGGCCUUGUUCAGCACUGCACAUCUGAAGGAGGAGCGACAACUAUGCAAGGAGGGAACGACAACCCUCCAGCCUAUCCCACUGAAGUAUCGGAUUCCCCGAGGGACGUGGGAUACACAUAUGCACGUUGUGGAACCAGAGCGCUUCCCAGUUUCCGCGAAUGCAGUCUAUCAGCCUCCCGAACAUACCGUUGACGAUGCGAUGAAUUUCGAAUCUACCCUUGGCAUCGAGAAAAUUGUAUUGGUUCAGCCAUCUAUUUACGGAACCGAUAACUCUUGUCUACUUGAAGCACUCAAAACUCUCGGACCUUCUCGCGGGCGAGGAGUCGUGGUGAUUGAUCCGACCAACAUAGACACCAAGACCCUAGAGGAGUGGCAUCUGCUGGGAGUACGCGGCGUGCGGGUGAAUCUCAAGUCCGUGGGCAAGGUGCUCAGCGAGCAUGAGCUGACAGAGACGCUGCUGCAACAUGCGCAAAUAGUACGGCCCUUUGGGUGGACUAUCCAGGUCUACGUAUCCUUGGAUAUGGUUCCCCUGUUGGAGAGAGUUGUCCCACAGCUCGGAGUCAAGCUGUGUAUUGACCAUUUUGGAGGGCCAGAUUUGACAGCAGUCCAACACGACGGGGAAUCGUUUAACCCCUAUAUGCUGCCGGGAUUUUCCUCGUUAAUCUCGCUUCUGCGAGGCGGAGAGACCUACGUGAAGAUCUCCGCCCCGUACCGUCUCAGCAAGGACGAGGAAUAUCGAGACCUGGAAGCGAUGGCCCAGGAGUUCCUUGAAGCAGCUCCGGACCGUGUGAUAUAUGCCACCGACUGGCCACACACGCGGUUCUCUGGCGUGGACAUCGAACCAUUCACCGAGACAUGUCUACGGAUAUGUGCGAAGGAACCUGGAUUGGCGGAGCGGGUGUUUCGAGAUAACGCCGAGGAAAUGUUGAGGGGGGUAUAGUUCAUUCUCUGAUUUGAUAGCGUCCAGCCAGCCCGCAUAGCCCCCCUAUUACGAGUUACGACAUCGCAUAGCAUACCAUACCAAGAAAUGUCAUUCAGAAUUUUCCCA